GGGGACAGAGAAGGGAGGAAGAGAAAGAGAAAAAGAGAGAAAGCAGAGCAUUACAUAAUAAGGAAGCGACUUUUUCUCUGUGAAUCCAGAGGAGAGGGCCAGCCAUGUUUUCAGUAAUGGGAUUGGUGUUAGCAUUAGGGCACCGCUUACAAAGCUGAGUACUAUUUUUGAGGGUGAGGUGCUGAUUUGUCUGUCUAGGUUCCGGCACAUGUGUUUAAAGAUUUACCUAAUUAUUUUAGAGGAAUGCCCCUCCCAUGUAUUAUAGAGAAGAAAGAGAAUAAUGUGCUCAUGUUAAAUUUGAGAAAAUAAUGUGGAUACGUUUAUAUUGGUUGUUUAAAUAUAGUACCUAGAAAACAUUGUGGAAAAAUGAUCUGGGAAGUAAAGGAAGAAUCAAGGAGCAAAGGUUUACCCAGCCUGUGGACCCUGAUAACUCCAAUAAGAGAACACUAGGACAUUUUGCAUUUUUGAAAAUAUUAUUGUUUAAAACUACAGCAGUGUUCAAGGAAACUUUAAAUAGAAAAUUACUCUUCUUGAGAUGGUUCCAUCUUCCAAAGAGAACAAAUCACAAACCCUUUCCGCUUUCUGUCUUAAAAAGGGAUGUUAAAAGGAACAUUUUACACAAGGAGUAUGGGGUAGGUACUAUGCAAAUAGAAGAGAGAGUCACUCAGGGUACAUUUGAAUGUAGGGCAGAGAUUAUUCCAUAGCGUUCCACAGGCAAGAAACAAAGUGUCUUCUAGUUUUCUUGCCCUUUAUACUCAUAGGGGUCAUGGGAUAGAAAUUCUCAGAAAAUCUCCAGAACUCAUAUUUGCCAAUUGUUUCAACAUCUUUUCCUUCCCAGAAUUUUAGCAGAAUUGCCAAACAGGUGAUUAAUUAAUACAUAUGCGCAUGCUUGUACCUCAUCUAGAAGGGCUAAUGAGUAAAUCUGUUUAAUAUGACAUAGACUGAACAGCAGAAGGAAGGAGGAAUAACAAUCAGAUCAGUAAACAAAAGCACAGAUGGUAUCUGGGCUAUGAAAAAAUAAAGCAAUAUUUGCCCAAAUAAGAAGAUCUAGAUAUUCCUAAAUUGUCCCCUGUAUUCUUCGGAAGUAAAGAUCAAAUCUGUAACUUUGAUCUGGAAAUUGCAUAGUAGCAGAUAUGAACAGGGAUCACAGGAGAGUGUGGUCCUAUCGCUACUCUUUGCUACUGCCACAACCUAACUGGUAGCAUCAGUGAUUGUCCAAUCAAAUUGCAGAAUCCCCUUUAGAAAAUGCUGUCUCGAACCCACGUCUUAGAAAGGGAGUGAGUGCCACCAGUGAAUCAGUACACUGGGAUGUCACUUUCUGUGUACCCCAAGAAUACCUCCUGUUACAUAGCAAUUUUUCAUUUUCAAAGCUUUUCAGAUGUAACAGAUGUGACAACUGUUGUUUUUAGUGUGCCACAACUCAUCUCACUUAAUUCUUUAGGAUAAGUAAAAAGGAUAGGUAUAAUUAGUAUCAAAUAAGAGAAGAAGAAUUGGAGGUUCAGGGACUAGAGACCACACACACACUCGUGGUUGGAAAGUCCAAAGUAAGAACAAUAGAGCUAAUUUGUAUUGGAUGCUUACUAUGCACCAGGAAGUGUUCCCAGUGCCAUACAUGCAUUAGCUCAUGCAUGUCAUCCUCCAAAACAGCCUCGGGAAGUAGAUCUAGCAUUACCAUUAUCUUACAAAUGAAGAAAACAGGCAGAGCAAGUUUAAGAAACGUGCACAGGUAUGAAUUCUGGAAGUCUGUGUUAGAACCGGGACUCCUAGUCACUCUCCCACCUCCAGUUUCCUGAGCAGAUCCUAUUACAACACACAAGGAAAAAUUCCAUAAUCAGAGGUAUGAUUCUAAUAGAUGUACUAUCUUCCUCUACUUAACUCUGAAUCUUUAUCUGAAGACAGAACACAAUGUAAUUUGUAGAAUAGAGUUUAGUAAUCAAUUAAAAUAUAACUUAUUAAAUAACAUCUAAACUGUCCUCUAACCUAAUUGAUGUUGGUUUAAAGGAGUGCUAAGCAAAAGCAUGAAGACAAAAGAAUUUUUAUAUUUAAGAAAAAAGAAGAUGAAUCAGUGAUUUUAUGUUGUCUGCUUCUGCCCCCUCCUGGGUUUUUCUUCAUGGGCUUCCAUCUGGCUCAUUUCAUCUGGCCAAAAACAUUGGUCAUGUGGUUGUAUUUUGCUGCCAAAAUAUUGCUCCUUGGCCAGCUGUUCAGAGAAGCCAGAAGAUUCUCUGAGCUAGAGAGGUCAACUCCAUCUUGUUUCAUGUCUAUUUAUUCUACUGGCAUUGUCCUGACUAUUACUCUAGGCUUCUUAAUGAUAUUUCAAAUUGUGAGUAAUGUUGGCUAAAUUGACAAUGAAAAAAUAAUUACCAUAUAGGCAACAUUUAUACCUAAGAAUAACAAUACUGCUAGCAACCAUUGUACAUGUUGAGAAGAGGUAGCAUGUUGUAGGAGAACUUUGGCUCUAGAGCCAAACAGACCAAGAUUUAGUGCCAACACUGCUGCUUUCCUGGUUGGGCAGUUUUCCUGACCUCUCUGAUCCAUUUCCAUGUCCAUAAAUGGGAAAUAAAAAUACCCACUUCAUAAGGCCAUUGUACAGAUUAAAUGAAAACAGUACAUGAAUGCAGGCCAUUUUCAGGUGUAACAGAUGUGACCACUGUCGUUUUUAGUGUGCCACAGCUCAUCUCACUUAAUUCUUUAGGGUAAGCGAAAAUGAUGGGUAUAGUUAGCAUCAAAUAAGAGAAGAAGAAUUAGAAGUUCAGGGACUAGAGACCACAGACAUGUGGUUAGAAAGUCCAAAGGAAGAACAAUAGCCAAUUUGUACUGGACACUUACUAUGCACCGGGAAGCAUUCCCAGUGCCAUAGCCUCUUUCCCAGUGCCAACCUCUUUAUAGCAUUUUCCAAGUCUUCCCUAAUAUUUCACAAAUUUUGUGAAGCUUCUUUUGUGAAAUACAUUUACGGGUAGACUGUCAUCAUUGGUACCACUCUUGGUCUCAGAAUAGUACAAUAGAGCUGGCUUGUAAAUGGUUACCUUAAAAACAACUUGCAUAUACAACCCAGGCUCACCUUGGAAAGGUAGUGUGCAGGAAUGGUUGACAGUUGACUAGCUCUACAGGCACACUGCAGCUGAGGUUCACAUUUUCACCUUAUCACUUAUAGCUAUGAGACUUUGGGCAAGUUACCUAACUUCGUGUGCCUCAGUUUCCUCAUCUGUAAAAUGGGGUGUUAUGAGGAUUACCUGUGUUAGUCAUGUAAAGUGCCUAGCACAUAGACAACACUAAAAUAAAUGUCAGCUAUUAUUAAUAAUAGAAUAUAAGCUCCACAUGGCAGCAGUUUUUGCCCUUUUUUUCCACCUUUGCAUGGCCAAUGCCGAGAGGAGUGCCUGGUACAGUACAUGCUUAACAUAUAUGUGUUGAAUGAAUGAACCUAUUAACAAAUGUGUUCCAACUCAUGACAAGUGUAAGGAUAUUCUGCUUCCUUUUGCCAUAUUCAUGGGAACAAGAGGUUAGAGCUGAAGAAACCUGAUGAUUCAUUUGCUCAAACUCAUUUGUCUUACAUUGAAGAGCUUGAAGACCUUAAAAGGCCCCAGGGUCAUGCAGCUUGAUAGUACCAUGGCCGGAGCUAGAACCCUGGCUCUGCAUGUUUCUGUGAAAAUCUUUGUUCCAGUGUCCCAUCCCCUCACUUCAGUACAUAUGCCAUCUAAUUCAAUGCCUUCAGUAAGGCAGCAAAGAGAAUGAAUGAAUUAGAGCACACUUCUUGCAGCCAGGGGAGAGUAUAAGAGUCAUAACUGGGCAAUGACCAUGGAAAGACAGGUUUCUGAAUAAUAGAAAGACUCAUUUAAGUAAAAUUAUCCUCAGACAUUUUACUUACAAGUCUAAAAAUCACUUGCUACGACAGCUAUCAUAGGAAUUUUGUAGGGAAUCACCACUUUGUAAACAACAUUUUUGCAGACUGCAUUAUAAUGUAUUUUUUUCAAAAUUGAAGGAAAGUCCCAUCUCUAACAUUCAAAAGAAUCCAUGCAAUUAUCAGUAUAGACUAGAAACAGAGAGGGGAAAUAUAGUUUGAAUGUUUUCUGUACUAUCAAGACAGCACAUGGAACAACCACAGGCAGAAAGAUUAAAAACUCGCAAUAAGCAUAAAGGUAUUGAUUUUAUAAGGUAGUCUGCAGGCUAUGGACCAAUACAGAGCCCUGUCAAAUGUGGACUGCCAGGAGCUGUACAAAUAAAAUCAAGGUGACAAAAGAACAAAAGACACUCCCCAUUUCCAAGGGUUUAUGAUGAUGCUGUAUUUCAGUGUGAGAAUGGUUUUCACUAAAACCAUUCCAGUUUUGAAUGUGUAAUGGGUAGGAGUAUUUAUCUUAAUUAGUAGUUCAUAAAAUUUAUACUAUUUAUUUUCAUAAUGUCAGUUUAGUGAUUUUCAACUAGUGCAUUUUUGUCUUUAAGUCAUGAAGUACAUGAGCCUGCGUCAAGUUAUUUUAAGAGACGAUACUUUGACUGAGCAGCUGGAUCAAGGCCUGUAUGAUCUGGGCAGAACAAAUAAGGAAUUCUUCUUACAAAAGAGGAAGCAUUCAAUUGUAUAUACUUUACCUUGGUACUCCUCCUUCUGGAGGCCUCAGCAUCUAUCAUGUUCUUUGCCAUAGCCAUAUAUCCACCUUCUACCUUGGCUCUCCCUCCUUCUAACUUCUAUUGUUUUUUCUGCCUUUGAACUAUAAUUGACAAGCCUUUUUAACUUUGACAAGGGGCUGAAGAGAGGUGUCUGAUUGUCCAUAAGGCUGGGUUAUAAAACCAUACAGAGGUGAAUCGGAACAAAAGAAAAUUCCAUUGGCAAAGGAAGAGUACUCUAUGGUACUUUACAACUUGUCCAAUUGUAUUAUUUUAUAUAUUUAUUUUAGAGACAGGAUCUCGCUCUAUCAUCUAGGCUGGAGUACAGUGGCAUGAUCAUCACUCAUUGCAACCUCAAACUCCUAGGCUCAAGGGAUCCUCAAGCCACAGCCUCCUGGGUAGCUAGGACUACAGGCACACCCUACCAUGCCUGGCUUCAAAAAAAUGAUUUAGAGUCUAUUUUGCCCAGGUUGUCCCAAACUCUUGGCCUCAAGUUAUCCUCCCAUCUCAGCCUCCUGAAGUUCUGGGAUUGCAGGCAUGAACCAUGGCACAUGGCACUCAAAUUAUAUAACUCAUUAGCUGGUAAUAGUGUAAAUUUGGAAGACAAAAGCUAAAAUGUUAAAGAGGAAAAAUGGAUUUGUGAAUAAGUAUAUAUUACUGUAAGUAUGUUAAGCCAAUCAAAUGCAAAAGACGGACAGUUUAGAGGGGACAAGUAUGUAAGCCACAUUCCAAAAAAAGAAAAAUAAAAAAAAUACCUUUGCAGUGAAGUUUUAAAAAGAUAAGCUUUGUGUUGAGCUAAAAAAAUUAACUCUGAAAAAAAACCAAAAUUAUGACAAUGAAUUAAACAUUCAAAUAUGAACAGAACAGAAUAUAAAAGAUCAAUCUAUUCAUUCAGGUAGUAAAUGGUCACAACCAGCUCUCUAUGAGGGAGUGGGGAAGGGACUAUUCGUAAUAUUUGCUGAUUUUUGUGCCAAAAAAUUAUCUCACCAGUCCCUUUCGAACUGUAAAUGUCACUCAAUGUGACGGUGGCAAGAGAUACAUAGUCCUAUAUACAGUGUAUCUACCAUAUAGAUACACUAGAUAUAAGUUGCCCCAAAAACAUCAUAAUAGUAAAAUUCAGUCAAAUUAUUCAGAAGUUAGGACUUUUUAAUACAUAUUUCCAUUGUUUUUAAAUAUAAUUUGUUUAAUUAUAAUUAACAAUUUUUAUGUAAUUUAAUUUUUAAUAACUGUUGGGUAUUAACAGCUGACUUACAAAUACUCCUAAAAAUGCAACAGGAUGUAGUGAGAGACAAAAUGGAUGUGGCCUCUGCUUUUAUCAAGUUUACAUUCUGGUAGAGGAAGAUAGAAAAUAAACAAGUUAACAAAAGAUAAAUAGAGACUGAGAUGAGAGGUUCUCCUUGGGGAAACCAGGGAAGCCUUUUUAAAGAGAAUGAUAAUUUCUUUGCUUAUGAAUUCAAACAUACUCAUUCCAUACAUCUGUGAGUACAUUUGUAGUUCUAGGCACACAAUCAGAAUUGCACAAGGUCAAUGGAACCAUAUAAAUAUUGACCUAAUUAGUAGCUUGUUUUCAGUCUUCAAUCUCUUGAGUGAAUUUGCCUUUGCUUCUGUCAUUAGAAAAAUACAGGCCGGGCGCGGUGGCUCACGCCUGUAAUCCCAGCACUUUGGGAGGCCGAGGCGGGUGGAUCACGAGGUCAACAGAUAGAGACCAUCAUGGUCAACAUGGUGAAACCCCGUCUCUACUAAAAAUACAAAAAUUAGCUGGGCAUGGUGGCGCGUGCCUGUAAUCCCAGCUACUCAGGAGGCUGAGGCAGGAGAAUUGCCUGAACCCAGGAGGCGGAGGUUGCGGUGAGCCGAGAUCACACCAUUGCUCUCCAGCCUGGGUAACAAGAGCGAAACUCGAUCUCAAAAAAAAAAAAGAAAGAAAGAAAAAUAUACUGACGGAAAGUAAAACAAGGAGGAAGAUGAAGAUGUAGGGGGAAGGGGAGCAGUUUGCAAUAUACUUUCUAUUACAUUGUUUCAAACUAUCUCAAAAAUUGUUGUGCAUAGAAAAUACUACGGCAAAGAAAAUUGGAAGUUAAAAAUCAGUAACAGUGGUAAUAACCCUAUAGUAGGAACCUUUUUCUGUUUGAAAUAUCUGUCUCUGUCUGCCUGCAAAACUAAGAGAUUAUGAUGAGAUUAUUUUUUUUAUUUUCAAAGAAAUAAUACAAAUUUUAAAUCUUGCAUUAAAAGAAAAGCCAGCCAGACGAAACUUUUCUGACACACAAAUUUUUAGGCUGGAGCCUGUAAAUGUUAUGCUUCUAAUGCUUUUUGCUUGAUCCCUUUUUGGCACUUAACUUGCCUUUAAUUGAUUUGUGGAUUACCCACUGCAAGUUGCUAUGGAUAAAGGAAUGUAAUGGCAGAAUUUGUUUAUAUAGGGUAACAAAAUACAUUGGCUUGGAAGAGAGAUUUAACUGCAAAAUAUCCUUGAUUUUCAGAAAUUUUUCUUUUCAUAUAAUGGCAGUGCUUAGAUAAAGAAUGAAAAAUUAGAUGAAUCUAAUUAGUGUUCUCAUCCAAAGGGAAGAUUUAUGUCCUGUUUAAGAAUCACAUUAAUUUGAUGACGUAAGUACAUUCUCUAGUGAAAGGGUGGCCAUUUUAGUCAAGGAAAAACCAGCAAAAACUUCUGCUGUCUUCAGGUUGUACCUGACAAAAACCUGUUAUCUGUGGGUUCUCUGAAGUAUCACUGCCCUAAUCUCAGAUGAACUAAAGGAUAAAAACAUUUCAUUGCUCAAAUAAUUGUUUUAUCUUGCAUCUUGCUUGUUCUAGAAAAUAACUGUAUAUUUUCCAUCGUAACUCUCCUCCGUUUCUUUUUAUAAAGUUCAAAAUGCCUUGAGCAGAGGUUCAGGAGGUUCUCAGUGGUGCUGCCACUCACUGAUCGGGACGUUUUUGUUCUCUGUUCUCCUGUGAACAUGACAAGGGUGGCUUUGUACAACUUCUGUUGUAUGAGCUGCUUUUCAAACGCUUGGAAGAGAUACUCAGGGACAAGAAACAUCAGGGAUUUUUUCUGAAAGCAAAUCCAUGUAAACUGAGACAACAUAAACCUCAGGGAGAUCUGACGUGCAGAAAUGGCAAGAAGGGGAAAGGAGAAAUUAUUAUCAGUGGGGGAACAAAUCAUCCUGUAUUUUGGAGCAAAUUUAAAAGGCUUAUUGUUUAUUUUAGCCCUAUAUGACUUUAAAACAAAAACCUUGAAGUCUUGCCUUCCCCAUGUUGGUUGAAAUGGGAAGGAUUCUCUUUCUUUGCUAUUUAUAUAUAACCCUUAGCACUCUACAAGGAUCUAAUUGGUAUAAAAUGAUGGGUGUGAAUGUGCCACUAAGUGAGAAAAAAAUGUCUAGCCAUUUUUACUCAUAUAACCAACACAUAGAUCAAAAAGAAAACAUAGCCAGCUCCCAAGGGAACCCCUUUAUGCUUCUUUCCAGUCACUGUGGACCCAAAGAUAAUGACUAACUGACUUCCAAUAGCAUAGAUUUGUUUAGACUACUUCUGAAUUUUAUAGGAAUGAAAUCAUACAAUAUAAACUCUUAUUUCGGUCAAUAUUAUGUUUAUGGGAUUCAUUUAUAUUGUUUGGUGUAGUUGUACAUUCUUUAUUCUCAUUGUGUUAGUAUUGCACCAAGUGAAUAUGCUACAAUUUACUUACCCAUUCUAUUGUUGAUGGAUAGUUAAGUAUUCCAGUUUUAGGCCAUUAUGAAUUAGAGCUGUUAUGAACAAUCUUGGAUAUAUCACUUGGUAAACAAAUGUACAUGUAGUGUUGCAGGGUUUUGUGCAUGCACGUAGGUUGGGUAUAUCCCAAGGGGUAGGAUUUCUGUGUCUUAGGUUAUGUAUAUUUAUUUUUAGAUAUUGCCAAAUGUGUUUCCAAACUGGUUGCCACAUUUAUGUGCCUCCAAAGUGAUAUUUCAAUUCUCUACAUUCUUACCAAAAUGUAGGUCAUCCAUUUUCAAUGAUGGCAUCUUAAUAAAUGAUUACCUAGUAAUAACAAUGUCAUCAUGCCUUUUAUUUAUGCAGCUGGAUCUUUUAAUCUUUAGGACCCUUUUCUCCAGGAAUAGCAUAGGUAACAGUGAGCUGUUCACACUCUGUUUCUCCUCAUGAUGAAUACUAUGUAACUGUGAAAUAAGUGACUAAAAUAAGAAACGAUCUGAUAUGCAGAAAUAGUUUUCCCUGUUUGGCCCAUAUGCAGCUUAAAUAUGUGAUAUAUUCUACAUUUUUAUCCAGAUUCAUUUUUCAAACCAAUAGUAAUCAUUGUUAGCAAAAACCAAUAAUCUGUUAUUCUGGUUUAAAAUUUCCAUCUCCUACUUUGAGUUCUUGUUAUAUAGCCCGUGCUCACUUUAAAUCAGGUUUUUCUUCCUGUACAUUAUUUCUUGGAAAAUAUGUUUUGGACUUUUCCUAAACCGCCUUAACCUGUUGAAAAACACUAGUAAAUGCAUAGGCAAUGUAAGUCACACUAAAAUAAAUGCAUAUUGCUUUUUCAAGAGUAAAACUUUUUUGUUUACCUGUGCAUUUAAAGGUUUUUUCCCCCUUUAUUCUCUUUCUUUUCUGUCAUUAUGGUUAUUUUUUUUAAUGUCAAGAUUCGCUUCCUGGGUUCAAGCAAUUCUCCCACCUCAGCCUUGAGAGUAGCUGGGAUUACAGGCACCUGCCAUCAUACCCAGCUAAUGUUUUUAUUUUUGUAGAGAUGGGGUUUCACCAUGUUGACCAGUCUAGUCUUGAAUUCCUGACCUUAGGUGAUCCUCCCACCUCAGCCUCCCAAAGGGCUGGAAUUACAGGCACGAGCCACUGCACCUGGCCUUAAAGUAAGAAUUUAAAAGACCGGGUUUGAAACCUGGACCCGUCCACCAAGACUGCUUUCAUUCUCAGAGAAGAAUUUGUUAAACUUCUAGGAAAGCUGACUAUCAUCCUAUCCCACCUGAGAUAUCAUGAAGCCUUUGCUAAAAAUGGAAUUAUUCAGUGAUCAUGGGCUGCUUUUCAAGCAUUUUUCACUCACCCUUUACCAUUAUGACAGUGAACUUUGGGGAGAGGGGAAGGCAUGGUCUAGUACAUCUUUUAGCAUUUCUUGGUUGUGCUAAGAACAACUGAGGAACUGCUAAAAAAUGACUAUACAAACAGAUAAAAAGUAUUUUUAUUAUGACUCUUGUGAAAAACCUCUUCCCCAUAAAAUGUUUAGUAUCUUGUAUAAAGUCAUAAUGUACUUUUAAAUAUUCAAAUCCUAUUCCAGACAUCAAUUAUGUACUACUUACUGUGUAAUCCACCCAUGCAAAAUGUAAUUUCUUUUAAUAUAAAUUUUCAUUAUUAUCAUAAAUGAAGUCUCAGGCCACAACAUUUUGUUAGGUGGCAUUCAAAUGGUAAUCAUAAAAUGAACUAUAGCAGUUUUUGCAUGGAAGGGCAGCAGCCAGAUGAUCUAGAUUUCCACCCUUAUCUUGGCUCAUUAAACAACAUUGGACAAGUUACCUUAAUUUCACGGGUCCUAAGUCUUCUCAUUUGAAAUUGAGUAUAUGGACUGUAUAAUUACUAUAUCUUUUAAGGAUUACAACAAUAACAUUACGGAGGUAUAUGAAAACUAUAAAUGAUCCAAGACAUGCGCUUCAGUAUUUCUUCAUAUAUCAAGCAUGCAUUAAUGAAAUCAACGAAUGUCCCGGUAACUUAUAUGCAAUUCAAUAAUUCAUCCAACAAAUGUAUAUUAAGUGUAUAGAAUCUGCUAGACUUAGGAAGCCUUAAAGUUUAUGCUGUACAUUCUGAUAGAUGUGUAAGCCAGGGGUUGGCCGACUUUCAAAGGCAACCCUUUUGCUAACAUUGUUCUUCUGGAAGCUAGUAAGUAUAAGCAGGAGGAGAGGUGUGUGUAUGAUUUCACUUAUAUGUGGAGUCCAAAGAAGUCAAAUUCAUAGAGGCAGAUAAUAGAAGACGGUCACCAGGCGGUGAUGGGGACAGGAGGGAUUGGGGAAAUGGGUGGCCAGAGGAUAUAAAAUUUCAGUUAGACAAGAGGAAUGCAUUCAAGAGAUCUAGUGUACAACAUGGUGACUAUCAUUAAGAACAAUAUAUUGUAAACCAAAUAUCAUAUGUGGUCACUUAUAUGAGUGAGCAAAUAAUGAGCAAAAUAUGAGACCACAUGGAUACAUAGAGGGGAACAGCUCACACAGGAGCCUGCUGGAGAGUGGAGGGAGAAGGGAGAGAAUCAGGAAAAAUAACUAAUGGAUACUAGGCUUAAUACCCCCAUGACACGAGUUUACCUAUGUAACAAACCUGCACAUAUACCCCUGAACUUAAAUAAUCAAAAAGAAAAAAAAAUCGUAAGACAGUAGAUUUUAACUGUUUUCACCACAAAUAGUACAUGAGUUAAUGCAUAUGUUUAUUAGCUUAUUUUAGCGCUUCUACAAUGUGUACUUACCUCAGAACAUUGUCUUGCACACUAUAAAUGUAUGCAAUUUUUGUCAUUUAAAUAUAUUUAAAUAAAUUUUUUUUAGAAGAAGAGGGGUGUGGAAAUGAAGACUAGUUCUGACUUUAUGUUGUGCAUUCUGGGGUUACAAGAAUGAGACCUCCCUGAUGCCUACAUGCAAAUGGAUCAGUGUGAAACUGACAGAGUUGUUUACUUGCCCAGUUGAUUCAGCUGGUUUAUGUAUAUUGUUAGCAAUUUAAACUCUGUCGUAUUCCCCCCAAAAAAUAUUUAUAUACUUUAAAAAUAGAUGUCAUCAUUUCAACAUUUGGAUUUAUACAUGAGAGAAAUAAAAAGGACUAGUAAAAAUUAUAUGAAGAAGCAAGUCCAAGUAUGGUAAUUUAUGGUUCAAAGGAGAUAGGUAUUUAUCUUCUCUCAAGAGGCACUAGACCACAAAAUAUCAACAUCAAAGAUGAAAGCAAGCACUAGGGAGAAUGAUACAGAUCAGAGGCACCAUGUGUUGUGCAUUCUGGUAUUCGUCAGAGAUAAGGAAUGAAGCUGAAUUUUUACAUGGAUUGGUCUUGGAGUAAACUGAAAUGAGAGGUUAUGCUAAGGAUGAAACAAUCUUUACAAAGUUCCUUUCCAUUAAGACCUUCAAGAUACGUAAAAUCAUAAGAAGUAUGAGAAUUUCUUUUUAGGACCUGAUUCAUGUUAACUAACAAAUCAUUAUCUACAAAGAGAGUGCUUAGAAUUCUAUGCAUUUAAAGUAAUUUAACUUCAUGACUGAGCAGAAAUUCCUGAGUUCAAAUUAUGACUCUUCUGCUUGCGGCUUGUAUGACAUUUAUCAAAUUCCUUCAGUGUUCUCUGUUUCAGGUACCUUUGCACCUAUAUCAUUGGAGUUAUUCAAGUAUUAAAUGACAUAAUACAUAUAUAGCCAUUAAACUAGCACCUAGCAUAGAGUAAGCAGUCAGCUCAUGUUAACUAGCGUUAUUCACAAGAAUAUGCUAUACAUUUAUUUCCAUCAAAGAUAAGUGCAAAUUUGAAUAGAAAACUAAUUUAUGAAACAAGACUGACUUUGUGCUUUUCUAUAGUACCCAUCAUUCAAAGGAAAAGAUGGCAAUAAUCACCAACCAACUGACCCUUUAAAAUAGGAGUUAUGUCAUACAUACAUAGGUACAUAUAUAUGUAUUUUGGAUAUAUGUGGAUAUAUUAUGUGUGUAUUUAUAUAUAAUUCAUACCUUUGCCAAGAAAACUGGAUGUCUCAUAUCUAAAAAACUUUCCAAGUGUUAAAACCUACCCAAGUGUCAUGUGUACAAUUGGUAUUCGACAUAUAUUCACAAAAUUUAACUUUGUAAAAAUUUCAAAUAACUUUUACUGCUUUUCCUACUUGUAAAACAAUUGCAAUAAUCCCUUGGCUUUUGUGGUGUAGGCUAUUAUGAGGGACUCUGAUGCUUCAUGACAGGGAGUAAUUUGGUUUUUUUAAAUUUAUUUUUAUUUUUAUUGCAUUUUAGGUUUUGGGGUACAUGUGAAGAACACAGGGAGUAAUUUGAUUCAAAAUACAACAGAGCUCUCUUGUGGGUUUAACUUACUGAACUAUUGAAUGCACCCAUGCACCACCAAGUAUUCAAAUCACAAUACAGUUUUCUUAUUCUCUACUGUCCCUUGUAAAUGCAGUAACUCUGAACUGAUAAACACACCUUACCUGUGUUUAUCUCACCCAGAAGGAGGCUGACUGCUAAUCUAGACCUAUGCUGUCCAACAAGACAGCUAGUAGCCACAGAGCACUUGAGUGGUGGCUAAUCCAAAUCACAUGUGCUGGAAAUGGAACAAGCACAGAGGAUUUCAAAUAAUAGUGUGAACAAAAGUGAAAAAUUUCUCAUUUGUGAUUUUCCUACUGAUUAUACAUAUAAAUAGUAAUACUGUGCAUAGUGUUAAGUAAAAAAUUUAUUUAAAUUAAUUUCACCUGGUUGAAUCUAAGAGUCCAUCAACAGAUGAAUGGAUAAAGAAAAUAUGGUACAUACACACAGCACAGUAUUAUUCAGCCAUAAAAAGGAAUGAGAUCCUGUCAUCUGCAACAAUUUGGAUAGAACUGGAGGUCAUUGUGUUAAGUGAAAUAAGCCACACACAUAAAGACAAACUUUGCAUAUUCUCACUCAUUUGUGGGAGGUAAAAAUAAAAACAAUUGAACUCAUGGAGACAGAAAGUAGAAAGAUGAUUAUCAGAACCUGGGAAGGGUCGUGGGUGGCAGGGGUGUAGGAGUGGAGAUGGUUAAUAGGCACAAAAAUAUAGUCACGUAGAAUGAUUAAGAUACAGUAUUUGAUGGCACAAAAGAGUGAUUGCGGUCACAAUAAUCUAUUGAACGUUUUAAAAUAAAGAGUAUAAUUGGAUUGUUUGUAACACAAAGGGUAAAUUCUUGAGGUGAUGAAUACCUCAUUUACCCUGAUGUGAUUAUUAUACAUGAUAUGUCUUACAUCAAAGUAUCUCACGUACCCCAUAAAUAUACCUACUAUGUACUCACAAAAAUUUUUUUAAAAUACAUUAAUUUCACCUGGUUGUAAAAGUAACUUUUUGUAAUAUGACUUUUAAAAAAUUUUAAAUUACAUGUUUUGGCCAUUAUUCAUGGUUCACAUUAUAUUCUCCUGAACAGUGUUGAUCUAGACAGUAGAUGUGACAAGAAAACAGCUAAGAAAAUUAUUAUUCUUAAUUCUUGAAAAACAAUGAAAAGUAUAAAAUUUGAAGUGAUAAAUUAGGUCAAAUUUGAUAAACACGUCCACUAUAGUUCAUUCUGUGCUUGCUUCUAGAAAAAAAAAAAAACUGGAAUAUUUUGUAGAGUGUGCUGAUCUGUGCAGAAGUGCUCAUCAAGAGAGAAUUAAAACAUUAGCAAACAGAGGCUGAUGAUGAAAAUGAGAUUCCAGAGAAGGCAAAAAGACUGCACACAUUUCUCUAAGUUUUGAUGUGGACAAUGGCACAUCUGCGGGACGGAGUCCCUUGGAUCCCAUGACCAGCCCUGGAUCUGGGCUAAUUCUCCAAGCAAAUUUUGUCCACAGUCAACGCCGGGAGUCCUUCCUGUAUCGAUCAGACAGCGAUUAUGACCUCUCUCCAAAGUCUAUGUCCCGAAACUCCUCCAUUGCUAGUGAUAUACACGGAGAUGACUUGAUUGUGACUCCAUUUGCUCAGGUCUUGGCCAGUCUGCGAACUGUACGAAACAACUUUGCUGCAUUAACUAAUUUGCAAGACCGAGCACCUAGCAAAAGAUCACCCAUGUGCAACCAACCAUCCAUCAACAAAGCCACCAUAACAGAGGAGGCCUACCAGAAACUGGCCAGCGAGACCCUGGAGGAGCUGGACUGGUGUCUGGACCAGCUAGAGACCCUACAGACCAGGCAUUCCGUCAGUGAGAUGGCCUCCAACAAGUUUAAAAGGAUGCUUAAUCGGGAGCUCACCCAUCUCUCUGAAAUGAGUCGGUCUGGAAAUCAAGUAUCAGAAUAUAUAUCAAACACAUUCUUAGAUAAGCAACAUGAAGUGGAAAUUCCAUCUCCAACUCAGAAGGAAAAGGAGAAAAAGAAAAGACCAAUGUCUCAGAUCAGUGGAGUCAAGAAAUUGAUGCACAGCUCUAGUCUGACUAAUUCAAGUAUCCCAAGGUUUGGAGUUAAAACUGAACAAGAAGAUGUCCUUGCCAAGGAACUAGAAGAUGUGAACAAAUGGGGUCUUCACGUUUUCAGAAUAGCAGAGUUGUCUGGUAACCGGCCCUUGACUGUUAUCAUGCAUACCAUUUUUCAGGAACGGGAUUUAUUAAAAACAUUUAAAAUCCCAGUAGAUACUUUAAUUACAUAUCUUAUGACUCUCGAAGACCAUUACCAUGCUGAUGUGGCCUAUCACAACAAUAUCCAUGCUGCAGAUGUUGUCCAGUCUACUCAUGUGCUAUUAUCUACACCUGCUUUGGAGGCUGUGUUUACAGAUUUGGAGAUUCUUGCAGCAAUUUUUGCCAGUGCAAUACAUGAUGUAGAUCAUCCUGGUGUGUCCAAUCAAUUUCUGAUCAAUACAAACUCUGAACUUGCCUUGAUGUACAAUGAUUCCUCAGUCUUAGAGAACCAUCAUUUGGCUGUGGGCUUUAAAUUGCUUCAGGAAGAAAACUGUGACAUUUUCCAGAAUUUGACCAAAAAACAAAGACAAUCUUUAAGGAAAAUGGUCAUUGACAUUGUACUUGCAACAGACAUGUCAAAACACAUGAAUCUACUGGCUGAUUUGAAAACUAUGGUUGAAACUAAAAAAGUGACAAGUUCUGGAGUUCUUCUUCUUGAUAAUUACUCUGAUAGGAUUCAGGUUCUUCAGAAUAUGGUGCAUUGUGCAGAUUUGAGCAACCCAACAAAGCCUCUCCAACUGUACCGCCAGUGGACAGACCGGAUAAUGGAGGAGUUCUUCCGCCAAGGAGACCGAGAGAGGGAACGUGGCAUGGAGAUAAGCCCCAUGUGUGAUAAGCACAAUGCGUCUGUGGAAAAAUCACAGGUGGGCUUCAUAGACUAUAUUGUUCAUCCCCUCUGGGAGACUUGGGCAGACCUCGUCCACCCUGACGCCCAGGACAUUUUGGACACUUUGGAGGACAAUCGUGAAUGGUACCAGAGCACAAUCCCUCAGAGCCCCUCUCCUGCACCUGAUGACCCGGAGGAGGGCCGGCAGGGUCAAACUGAGAAAUUCCAGUUUGAACUAACUUUAGAGGAAGAUGGCGAGUCAGACACGGAAAAGGACAGUGGCAGUCAAGUGGAAGAAGACACUAGCUGCAGUGACUCCAAGACUCUUUGUACUCAAGACUCAGAGUCUACUGAAAUUCCCCUCGAUGAACAGGUUGAAGAGGAGGCAGUAGGGGAAGAAGAGGAAAGCCAGCCCGAAGCCUGUGUCAUAGAUGAUCGCUCUCCUGACACGUAACAGUGCAAAAACUUUCAUGCCUUUUUUUUUUUCAGUAGAAAAAUUGUUUCCAAAGUGCAUGUCACAUGCCACAACCACGGUCACACCUCACUGUCAUCUGCCAGGACGUUUGUUGAACAAAACUGACCUUGACUACUCAGUCUGGCGCUCAGGAAUAUCGUAAUCAGUUUUUUCACCUCCAUAUCAUCAGAGCAAGGUGGACAUCUUCAUGAACAGCAUUUUAACAAGAUUUCAGCUUGGUAGAGCUGACAAAGCAGAUAAAAUGUACUCCAAAUUAUUUUCAAGAGAGUGUGGCUCAUCAGGUGGCCCAAAAGUUGAUUGGAUUUGGGGUUUCUGUUUUUUUGUUUGCAAUAUUUUCAGAAGAAAAGCAUUGCACAGGGUGAACUUAAUGGACGAAGCAACAAAUAUGUCAAGAACAGGACACAGCACGAAUCUGUUACCAGUAGGAGGAGGAUGAGCCACAGAAACUGCAUAAUUUUCUAAUUUCAAGUCUUCCUGAUACAUGACUGAAUAGUGUGGUUCAGUGAGCUGCACUGACCUCUACAUUUUGUAUGAUAUGUAAAACAGAUUUUUUGUAGAGCUUACUUUUAUUAUUAAAUGUAUUGAGGUAUUAUAUUUAAAAAAACUACGUUCAGAACUUCAUCUGCCACUGGUUAUUUUUUUCUAAGGAGUAACUUGCAAGUUUUCAGUACAAAUCUGUGCUACACUGGAUAAAAAUCUAAUUUACGAAUUUUACUUGCACCUUAUAGUUCAUAGCAAUUAACUGAUUUGUAGUGAUUCAUUGUUUUAUAUAUCAAUGACUUCCAUAUUUUAAAUAGAAAAACAAGUUUAUGUUGCAGGAAGCCCUUUUUGUAAGUAUUUAGUUACUUUGCAUUUUGUUUGUUUCACUCUUUCCAGAUAAGCAGAGUUGCUCUUCACCAAUGUUUUUCUUCACAGUGUGCAAUGUAACUAUUUGUUCUAUAAUAUUUUAAUGUGUGUUACAUCAAAUGUGUCUUAAGCUUCAUGCAAACUCAGUCAUCAGUUGGUGUUGUCUGAAGCCAGUGGGAGAUAUAUAAAUACCCAGUAGCUAAAAUGGUCAGUCUUUUUUAGAUGUUUCCCUACUUAGUGUCUUCUAAUAACAUUUUGCUGUGUCACAGACAUGCAUUUCACAAGUGCGUGUCUUUCUAAUAAUCCGCACAUUUCAUGCUCAUUUUUAUUGUUUUUAUAGCCAGCUACAGUAAGAAAAGGGGUUUUCCCCUCGUGCUGCUUUAUAAUUUAGUGUGUGUUUGAACCUCCGUCCAUGGUUGCUAGAAGUUUUGUCAAAUAUAUCACCACCAUUGUGACAGGUGAAAAGAAACAGUGAAAUUAGGGUUAACAUUCAUUUCAACCAUGAGGUUGUAUAUCAUGACUAGCUUUUACUCUUGGUUUACAGAGAAAAGUUAACAACAGCUAACUAGGCAGUUUUUAAGAAUAUUAACAAUAUAUUAACAAACACCAAUACAAUGAAUCCUCCUUGGUUUCAAUGAUUUCACCAUGGGAUUAAGAACUGUAUCAGGAACAUCCCUGAGAGAUGGUUUUAAGUGUUGCAAGUACACUUCCUUAAUGGACAGCCACAUAACAUGUAGGAAUUGCUUUAUUACUUAUUCUCAAUUCAUAAGCAUAUCUUGCAGAGGGGAACUACUUUAAACACAUGGAGGGAAAGAAGAUGAUGCCACUGGCAGCAGAGGGUUGGUACUAUGAUACAUCCUAAAAUAUUAGAUUGGUAAAAAUUCUGCUUAAAUAAAAAAUUAGAGAUCACUCUUGGCUGAUUCCAGCACCAGGAACUAUAUUACAGUUUUAGAUAUUAAUUCCCAAUGUUUACUGGAUUAUAGCAGUUAGCAUCAUGGGACAUUUUUGACUUUAUUCCCAUGUCAGGUCUUUUUUUUUUUUUUUAAGAUGGAGUCUCGCUCUGUCACCCAGACUGGGUACAAUGGCGUGAUCUCGGCUCACUGCAACCUCCACUUCCCGGGUUCAAGUGAUUCUCCUGCCUCAGCCUCCCAAGUAGCUGGGAUUACAGGUGCCCACCACUGUGCCUGGCUAAUUUUUGUAUUUUUAGUAGAGACAGGGUUUCACCAUGUUAGUCAGGCUGGUCUCGAACUCCUGACCUCAGGUGAUCCACCUGCCCUGGCCUCACAAAGUGCUGGGAUUACAGGUGUGAGCCACCAUGCCUGGCCCUCUCCUGUCAGUCUUAAUAAAGUAUUUACCUUCUCUCUGAAGACCUUACAGCCCAAAUAAUCAUGUCUCACGUUGAUACUGAAAAAUUGUGAUGGAGGUCAAAGUGGGUAUCUGACAAAUGGAAAAUCAAAUAUUUAGGAAGAAUUACCACCCUGAAAAGCAUUUAUAUUUGGAACUUCUCAAGAAGCCUUCUGGGGACUGAAAACUAAGUCAUCAGCCAGGGAAAUGACUCAAGCUGAAGAGAAUCCCCAUUUCAGUCCCCUGAGAUCUAGCUGAUGCUUAGAUCCUUUGAAAUAAAAAUUAUGUCUUUAUAACUCUGAUCUUUUACAUAGGGCAGAAUAGGAAUCAACUAGCUAAUUAUAAGGUUUCUAAUCUCUUUCCUCUAUAAAGAUCAGACAGUACUCUUUCAAAUAAAGAUGUAUGUUUGACCAAGUAGUUUCACAACACUUGGGAACUUGUUUCCCUUUUAAUUUUAUUUGUCCCUGAGUGAGGUCUAGAAAGAAAGGCAAAGAGUCUAGAGUUUAUUCCUCUUUCUAAAACAUUCUCAUUCCCUCUCCCUCCCUACACGUAGUAUUUCCCCCACAGAGUGCCUAGACUCUUAAUAAUGAAUAAAAUGAAAAGCAGCAAUAUGUCAUUAACAAAUCCAGACCUGAAAGGGUAAAGGGUUUAUAACUGCACUAAUAAAGAGAGGCUUUUUUUUUCCAGUUUGUUGGUUUUUAAUGGUUCCAUGUUGUAAAGAUACCCACUAAUGGACAAUCAAUUUGCAGAAAAGGCUAAAUAUCCAAGAGACAGGGACUAAUGCACUCUACAAUCUGCUUCCCUUGUGUUUAGUUCUCGCCAAAGUAUGCUUCAGAAAUACACACUGCUUUAAAAAAGAAUCUCCUUUUACGAGUGGCUUUACAUUUCCUAAAAUGCCAUAAGAAAAUACAAUAUCUGGGUACUGUAUGGGGAAAAAAAUGUCCAAGUUUGCGUAUAACCAGUGCAUUUCAGCUUGCAAGUUACUGAACACAAUAAUGCUGUUUUUGUUUUAUAUCAGCUAAAAUUCACAAGAAAAUAAUGUAGAUAGAACAAAUUACAGACAAGGAAAGAAAAAACUUGAAUGAAAUGGAUUUUACAGAAAGCUUUAUGAUAAUUUUUGAACGCAUUAUUUAUUUUUUGUGCCAUGCAUUUUUUUUCUCACCAAAUGACCUUACCUGUAAUACAGUCUUGUUUGUCUGUUUACAACCAUGUAUUUAUUGCAAUGUACAUACUGUAAUGUUAAUUGUAAAUUAUCAGUUCUUAUUAAAACAUCAUCCCAUGAUGGGAUGGUGUUGAUAUAUUUGGAAACUCUUGGUGAGAGAAUGAAUGGUGUGUAUACAUACUCUGUACAUUUUUCUUUUCUCCUGUAAUAUAGUCUUGUCACCUUAGAGCUUGUUUAUGGAAGAUUCAAAAAAACUAUAAAAUACAUAAAGAUAUAUAAGUUUAAAAAAACAUAGCUGCAGGUCUUUGGUCCCAGGGCUGUGCCUUAACUUUAACCAAUAUUUUCUUCUGUUUUGCUGCAUUUGAAAGGGUAACGGUGGAGCAAGGGCUGGGCAUUUUACAUCCAGGCUUUUAAUUGAUUAGAAUUCUGCCAAUAGCUGGAUUUUACAAAACCACAGACAACCUCUGAAAGAUUCUGAGACCCUUCCGAGACAUAACCUCUUAAGUACUUCUUGCCAGGGAGUGGCACUGCAUGUGUGAUGCUUGUUUGCCGCCUGUGGAUCAGGAGCUACAUCAGCUACUUGCAUUUGAUUAUUUCCUUUUUUUUUUAAACUCAGAAACACAACUGGGGAAAUAUAUUCCUUCCCAGUGAUUAUAAACAAUCUUUUUUUAAAAGUCUUUUUGGCUUCUAGAGCUCAUAGGAAAAUGAGCUGGAUUUGAAAUUCGAGCCAGAGCUUACUCGUGUUGGUUAGUUAUCUGUUCAUCAGCUUCCUGACAUGUUAAGAGAAUAUACUAAAAAGAAAAUACAUUUUUCAACCUUCAAUUUUCUUCCACUAAGAUAAACCAAAUUUCCUUAUAUAUAUGUAAACCCAUCUAUUUAAACACAAAGUUGUGUCUGAUGCCAGUUUACAUAGCAUAAAGCAUUCACCAUCCUCUAAGAUUUGUUUCAGCAAAACUUACAUUGCUUUAGAAUUUUAAGAUUUAACCUUGUACAAUGGCCAGCCCCUGAAAGCGGGAAAAAUUUAUUAUAAUGUAUAAUAUGGAAGCAUCCUCCCACUGCUUGCCCAGCCCUUCAAUCAUGUGGCUUUUCGGUGAAAGGAAAGAUUCUUUUUCUAGGAAAAAUGAGCCUCUUAUUUUAUUUUAUUUUUUGACACAAACUGUAGAUUUUAGCAGCCCUGGCCCAAAGGAUUUGAUUACUUUUGUUUUAAACAGUACAAAGGGGACACUAUAAUUACAAAAAUAUCCUUAACUGAUUUGAGUUGUUUUUAUUUCUUUGGAUAUGUUUUCAGAGUGGUAAAUUGUGUGUGAGAAUUACAAAUGAUGAUUCUUUUAGUGGUUUCUUAGCCUCUCUUACAGCCCACGGGGAUAGUACUGUACAUCAAUACCUUCAUAUGAAAUUUUUAUAUGCAAUGAAAAUAAAAGCAUGGGUUGAUUCUGCCUA